CGGCUCGUAGCACCCUUGGAUCGCGGGAUAGCAGCGUCACAGGAGCAAGCCAAGGAUGUCGAAGCUGCCGUGGCCCUCCUCGAGCUCGCCGCUGCUCCGCUCGACUUCUCCCCGCCGCCGCUGGUAGAGGAGGACCACAUCGGCGGAAUGGCAAGCAGGGCGCGCGCGGAGGGGAAGGCGCUGACAGGCGAGCGGGACGUGGGCGGCAUCGGCCGAGGAGUGAGCCGCGAUCUGGCUUUGCUGGACGGCACGUGGCGGCUGGUGUACAGCAGUGGGUUCGUUUCAGGCAGCCUUGGGGGACUCCGACCUGGCCCGCCUGCUGGAGGGCCGGUGUCCAUUGGACAGGUGACACAGCGUGUGGAUGUGACUGCAAAGGAGCUUGAUAAUAUUGUGGAGCUCAGAGUCAGUGCUCCAUGGCCGCUACCUGCACUGGAGGCCACUGCAUCACUGCAGCACACUUUCCAACUCACCGGACCUUCGUCUAUCCGUAUAAUAUUUGAAAGCACCGCAGUGAGACCCAACGGCUCAUUCCCUCCGUCGUUUACUGUUCCCCAGUUGCCGGCUUUCCUCCGCCCACCUCUUGAGGUUCGUACUCGAGCUAUGGACAUCGGGUUGGAAUAUCAAUGGAAGGAGAAUGGAUUCUUGUAA